AGUCUUAAUCCAUAGGGGAGACCUCGAGAUUCUGUCAGUCAGUGCGAGUGUAGUGGAGGACUCGCAAUACCUCUUCUACUGUCGCAGUAAGAUAGGAAUUAAACAUGUGUGACGAAGAUGCUUCUGCGCUGGUCUGCGACAACGGCUCCGGCCUCUGUAAGGCUGGCUUCGCCGGCGACGACGCUCCCCGCGCCGUAUUCCCCUCCAUCGUCGGCCGUCCUCGUCACCAGGGUGUGAUGGUCGGUAUGGGUCAGAAGGACGCCUACGUCGGUGACGAGGCCCAGAGCAAGCGAGGUAUCCUGACUCUCAAGUACCCCAUCGAGCACGGCAUCAUCACCAACUGGGACGACAUGGAGAAGAUCUGGCAUCACACCUUCUACAACGAACUGCGUGUUGCCCCUGAGGAGUCCCCUGUCCUCCUCACUGAGGCUCCCCUCAACCCCAAGGCCAACCGUGAGAAGAUGACCCAGAUCAUGUUCGAGACUUUCAGCUGCCCUGCCAUGUACGUGGCCAUCCAGGCCGUGCUGUCCCUGUACGCCUCUGGUCGUACCACAGGUAUCGUGCUGGACUCUGGUGAUGGCGUGUCUCACACUGUCCCCAUCUACGAAGGUUAUGCUCUUCCUCACGCCAUCAUGCGUCUUGACCUGGCUGGUCGCGAUCUCACUGACUACCUGAUGAAGAUCAUGACUGAGCGUGGCUACUCCUUCACCACCACGGCUGAGCGAGAGAUCGUCCGUGACAUUAAGGAGAAACUUUGCUAUGUCGCCCUCGACUUCGAAAAUGAAAUGGCUCAGGCAGCUGCAUCAACUUCUCUCGACAAGUCCUACGAACUUCCCGACGGUCAGGUCAUCACCAUCGGCAACGAAAGAUUCCGUGCUCCUGAGGCUCUCUUCCAGCCUUCCUUCCUCGGGAUGGAAUCCUCGGGCGUCCAUGAAACAGUUUAUAGGUCCAUCAUGAAGUGUGAUGUUGACAUCAGGAAGGAUUUGUAUGCCAACACCGUCAUGUCUGGUGGUACCACCAUGUACCCUGGUAUUGCUGACCGCAUGCAGAAGGAAAUCACCACACUGGCUCCCUCUACCAUCAAGAUCAAGAUCAUUGCUCCUCCCGAGCGUAAAUACUCCGUCUGGAUCGGUGGCUCCAUCCUGUCUUCUCUGUCCACCUUCCAGGCCAUGUGGAUCUCAAAGGAAGAGUACGACGAGUCCGGCCCCGGCAUUGUCCACCGCAAAUGCUUCUAAUUCAUGUGGAGUUCAUAUUCUGUUACAUGUUAAUGUUCGGUGCCUUUGACAAGCUGCAAGUUAUUCUCGUGCUCUUUUUUUAAAUAAAUAUAGUAUAAAAGUAAAAAGGUGUAUCAUUGAAGAACAUAUCAACCCAAAUUUAGUACCAAACAAUAUUUCCUCCUGACUACAUUAUUAAAACUAAUAAAAAACAUUGCAUUCAAACUUUCUGAAUGGGUCAGCUAUAACGGUGAUCAGGAUUAUUUUCUAUUUACAAGUAAGACAAACUAACCUCAAGGCUUGAAUGAUGUAAAGAAAAGAUAGAACAUUGAUAUUUGAGAGUAAAUUAUUAGCCUUAUGCCAACACUGACUAUAACAAAGUUGUAGGUGAUGUGAGUUGAAUUAAUAAGAGAUCUUUUUCGGUAGAUGUAAAAUUAUGUAUGGAUUAAAUUCUACAGUUCA